GCCACCGAACGCUACAACAACCGCCUAAUUGUGCCGUAGGUAAUUACCGACCGAUUUCGGAUAUCACCGACCACGUUGACGUCGGUGAAUUACUUCUAGAAAUUUCAGCAUAGUUGACUCCCAUGUUUCCCCUUUUCACUCUAUCAUAGUAAUCACUAAUUAUAAAUAAGUAAAUAACCCUAACAUUGCCUUGGAGAAACCGACGCCUCCCUCUCCCUCUCCCUCUCCCUCUCCCUCUCCCUCUCCCUCUCCCUUCACCAUCAUCGUCGCCGGUAUGCUUCAUCUCCACAGUGUUGUCCUCGAUAGUUUCAGAGUUAUCUUGUGCACCUGCCGCAUCACCGUCGCUACGGGUGAACUGCACAACCACCGCAGCGUUGUUUCUUGGUUUGUUUCGCCAACCCACAACAGAAAAAUGCCCCAAUGUCAAGAAGUGCCAUUUUGCCGUUUCGGGAGAUUAGGUCGGCCGCUUCGGGAGAUGUUCCUCCUCCCAAAAAUUCCAAACGCUUUACAGCCAAGAAGAAGGUCAAGCGCCGAUCUCUUCCAAAGGCCGAGAAACCUUCAAAAUCCGAGGAUGGGAAGGCCAUUGUUUCUUUUGUGGGGGGAUGGUACCCAGAUGCCUUCUUCUGUAGUGCCUGCUAUACAUCCAGACGCGGGUGUGCUCCUGGACACACCGGCCACGGUCGAGGCAGAAUCUGGUCUGCCGGACGCAAAGGAAAGUUCGGUAUUUAGUGGCCAUGGUUCUAGGGUGGUGUCUCAAAUACCCCCUGCAUAUAGGCCCGCUUCGUUUUCUUUUGAUAAGGGCAAAAGAGCGGCUGAAGGAGUUCCUGAGGCUUCCUCUGUACUCUCGGACGACGAGUCCUCGGCCGCUUUCGCCAGGAUGACCCCGGCUGAUCUUGAGAAACUCAAGCAGAAGCUCUUCAAGUGCUUUUCUGAGCCUUAUAUCAAAGGAUUGAGAGGUGCUUCUUCUGGGCAUAAGACUGGGCUAGGCUGCUCAGAAAGGAAAACAAAAAGCUUGUCCGACAAGCUACGACGGUCGGGGACAAAGCCAUUCAUGAUAUCGAAAGGAUGGAGAUCCUGCAUCGCUAGUCCAGGAAGCCUGGGAGAAGCGGUCGACUGAGAUGGAGGCGUCCAUCAAAAACUACCUCCAUCGAAUCCACAACCUCUUCGACGAAAGGACGAGAGGAAUGCUGCUCUUUUGACCGCUGUCCAACUUAGAAGGGAGAAUUGCCUUCUAGCCCAGAACCAUCAGCUAAAAGAGGCGGCGGCUCAGGCAUUCAAUGACGCCAAGGAGGCUCUGAACGAGGUCACCGACACAUCUAAGACCUGGGUUGUGAAGGCCUUUGAAAUGCUGGCCGAAGCGGACAACGUUCCCUGUUAUGAGCAUCGUCUAAACUUCCAAGAGAGUCUUCACAGGGCCAUGGUGGCCGGGGAUGAGCCUCCGGUCUUUCAGGAGUCAUCUGAUGAUGAAGAAGAGGAGGAGACGACCGAAGAAGAGAUUCAGGCUGAUGACGCCGACGUCCUCCUACUGAAUAGAACUCAUAGUCUAGGCUCCAUGUUGUUGUAACUUGGCUGGAGGCCAUUUGUACUUAGUUAUUUUGUUUUUAUAUUUAUUAGGUUGUAAUCCUUUUGAAGAAAUUAACAUAUAACAUAACUUUCUUGUCCAA